CCCCCUGCCGGCCAUCCCGCGGUGGCGACCAGCUGGGCCCCAACGGCUCCGGCUUCUCGUACUGUCACUAUGUCGGACCAAGAGCGCAUACAGGAAUGUCUGAGGAAGGAAAUAAGGUCACUUUUGAUAUCUAUCAAAGAUGGAGUGUCCCCACUGCAAUUAGAAAGAGAAUAUCUGUCUAUGGUCGGUAAUCCUCUACCUCUUCAGCUUCUGGGUUAUCGGUCCACCAUGGAGUUGGUGUUGGACAUGCCGGAUGUGAUUCACAUCAGCCAUUGUGGGAAUGGCAAUAUAAUAUUAAAAGCUAUUCCAGAUGAAGCUACAAAAGGGAUUGCAGAUCUAGUUGCAAAACAGAGGAGCAGCAGCAAGAUGAAAAAUGGCAUGCAUAAGGGACGUUCUCAGUUUCCUUUUGGCCCACGCUCCAAAGUGCCUCCCCGGGGCAGAGUGCCCCCUGUCCUUCCCGCCGUAGUGAGGAGUGAGCUGAAGGAUCUCCUGACAUUUUCCCCAGUACUGCUUUCUGAUUUUGAAAAGGCCUUUGCCAAGCGUUUUGGGCGAUCAUUCCAGUACAUGCAGUAUGGAUUCCUCUCUUUAUUUGAAACGCUCAAUGCAGCUUCAGACAUCAUUGCCAUUCAGCCGACCAGAGCAGGUUCCCUGUUAACUCUGAAGAAGAACCUCUCAGUUGAACAUCCGAAGAAGUUAUCAGUGGGUAAAGCAGUGGUCCAAGAAGUUGGAAAAAAGCAGCCUCUGAUUCCUUUAUCUACGGAAAAGACACACACUUCACUUACUGAACCUCCAAAACAGACAUUGCACCGUGAGGAAACUUCGGAAUUGUGUCAAGUGGAGAAUUCGUAUCCUGAGAAGUUAAAUCAGGUGGAGAAUAAAGUUAAAUCAGUGAAUGUGCAGACGGGACCUGGAGGGACUGUCAGCUCAGAACUCAAGGAGAAGAUUAGAUUUAUUGCUGCCAAGUUUCCCGAGGGUUUGCCUAUUUCUAAGCUACUUGGAGAGUUUGAGGAAAUCUUUAAAGAAAAACUUUCACCAAAAGAGUUAGGCUUCGUAAGUGUGAGAGAGCUUGUUGGAGCCCUCAGUAACGUUCUCCGUGUAGAGUUCAAGGAAGGCGAACAAGACUUGCUAGUGUUUGAUGCAGAGAAGAAAUCGGUGACAUCUGGUAAGCAAAGACUGGUAGUAAAAGAGAAGAAAAUAGAAGACAAAGCCUUGAUCUCCAGUCCUCCCAGAAAUUCCCUUUUUACUGCUGAUAAUGGAGACACUGCUUGGGAUUGGAAUUCAGAAAGUCAGAAAACUUGUAACAAAUUCAAAGCAAUAGUAAAUCCUGUGCAACAGAUAGGAGGGACUCCAGCAGCUGUUUUACAGGAUGUGCUGCACAGAGCACAAGAGUCUGAAGCCCAGAUAACCCGGUCCUGCAAUGAUGAGCCUCUGGGAUUGAGGGAUUCCCGGCCCAUCUUGGAGAUAUCUGGCCCAGAGAUUCCCCCAGAUGCUGUGUUAGACAAAAAACUCUGCCGUCUCCCACUGUUAGACAGCAGUACUCUGGUGGGGGUCUUUGUAGAGUAUAUCAUCUCCCCUAGUCAAUUUUACAUUCGUAUGUAUAGCAGGGACUCAUCUGAAUUACUAGAAGACAUGAUGAUCGAAAUGAGACGCUGCUAUUCUAAUUCCCUGGUUUCUGAUCGGUACGUCAUGCCGGAGUCCAUGAUCCAACCUGGUCACCUUUGUUGUGUGAGGAUCUCUGAGGACAACUGGUGGUACCGAGUCAUCAUCCAUCGGGUCAGAAAACAGGAAGUUGAAGUGUUCUACCCAGACUUUGGAAACCUGGGAACCGUCCAGAAGUCCUCUCUGAGGUUCUUAAAGUGCUGCUACACAAAGCUUCCUGCCCAAGCCAUCCCUUGUUCCUUAGCUUGGGUGAGGCCCAUUAUGGGUCGUUGGACACCUGUAGCUGUUAUGCAGUUCCAGAAACUGUGCGGCUUGAAACCAUUGGUUGGGGUAGUGGAUGAGUAUGUAGAUGGGGUCCUAAACCUCUUUCUGUGUGAUACAUCCUCAGAUGAAGACAUUUAUUUUCACCUUGUUUUGAGAGCAGAAGGCCAUGCUAUUGUCUGCAGAGAAAAUAUCCCAUCCGAGGGCUUCAAAGAACUGAACCCCUUAGCCUUGUACACAAAGGCUAUCUCAAAGUCAGAGGAAGCUGGUUUGACAGAGUUGUGCUUUUCCACCCAACGUUAUCUUAGUGAGGACAGAAGAAUAACCAAUCCUCAGCCAGAGGAGAAUAAUGGGAAAACCACUAAUAACCAACACACUGACAUAUACCUGGAACCCAGAGAAAAUAUGCGGAUGGUGGAUUCAGACUUCAAUUCUUGGAAACCUCAAGAGAAGGUUCCAGAGAAACCUAACCCAGAGCCCACAAAGCCAGAACAGAAAAUCCAGAAAAAGGACCAAUCUUCUUUGGAGAUGCCAUACCUUGAGUCAGUGUCCGUGAGUGAGGAUAUUUGGGAUGAGAACUGGCUGAUUACACAAAGUGGAACAGAGGGGCAGUGUCAUUCAGUUGCUGAAAAUAUGUGGGAUGAGGGGUGGCAGUCUUCAAAUCUGAAGAAUAUCCCGAGAUUAACAGGUCAAGAAUUAGAAUUCCAGAAACAGAGUGGUCGGGAAAGAACUCCUGACACAACCAAAGACCCAAAGCCAUCAGACCUUGGGGAUUCUUCAGAUGCCUCAGUGUUGUCUAAAUCGUUGGAAGAACUUUACAUCUCUCUCAUCCGUUCCCAGCAGUCAAAUGAAGUGAGCCAGCAUGAGCCUAAACAUUUUCAAACACCACCUAAGCAGAGCUCUUUGCCUACAGCACCACUUACUUGCAAUUUACUUUCUGCGGUUCCUGAUUCCCGGGAGAAGCUCAAUGGCAUAAGUAGUUUGAAGAAUGAAGAUUCCUCUAGCUCUCCUCCCCUUCCUGUGAUUGAGAACUGUAUCCAUCCCCAUCACAAGGCUACAGAGCAUAUCUCUUUGCUAUCUCCUGAACACCAAAGGUCCCAGAAGUUGUUCGUCCCCCAUGGUACCACAGCAGCAGCCCUGGGAGCAGCAGCUCGUUUGGCCACAUCCAGCAGCUUUCUCCAGUGGCACCCAAGCCUGAGAAGGAUGGAAGCUUGAUGAGAGAAGAGGAAAGACUGAGUAUAAAUAGGGGAGGUUUUGAUUGAUUUCUGGGAGAAACACAAAGAGAAAUUGAGACAGGGACUCCAGCAACAAUGCUUCUUCCCUUUCUUUACUGUUUCAUUAUGGAAGAGUUUAGUAUGUCCUAUCCCUUUACGCUGGGAUUCUGGUUUACCGUGAUGAAAACAGCUUAAUCUGUCAUUUUAAUUUUCAGUUGAAAUAGUUCUUACACUGUAUAGCCAAUUGCUUUUUAUUUUGAAUAUAAUUGUUGUUGAGUUGCAACAUCAUAUUUAGGAGACUCACUUUCCUUGUGUUUCUGAAGGUUAAGUUUAGUUCUGCAGCAUUGUGCAAGCCAAGGUUUUGAAAACUUGGAAAAUUGACCAGUUCUAAGUUGGUUCUUUUACCCUCACACAAUUCCAUGCAUUUGGACUUAGUAAACCUUUCAAGAUAUUGUAGCACCAAACUAGAUACACAUAUGUGUUUCUAAACAUGCUCAUGUGUAUAUACAGCUGUUGCAUAGGUGUUCACGGGUGGUAAACCUAGCUGAGCAAAGAAUCAUUCUAAAGCUAAACAGUGAAAUCAGAAAAAAAUGUCAAACCAAAGAGGCAGCCCGCACAUCAUCAUCGGUAUUUUUGGUGUUUGCCAUAAGAAAGCUACUUCUGGUUGAGUUGCUUUGGAGAAUAUUUUGGCCCAUUUUCACAAGACCUCUUCAGAGGUAUACUCUUCUAUUGUAUAUCUGUUGUAGAUUGUGAAAACAUGCAACAGCUGAUUCUUCCUAAUUCUCCCAAAGUUUGGCAGUUUUAUGUAUUCAGAUGAAUGGAAUUGUUUGAGGCAGACGUGGCAGUCUAGAACUUAGUGACUUCUUAUUAUGCAUUUAUCUGUCUUUAGGUAUAAUAUUACAAAAUUUUUGGUUUUUUUUUUCAUUACCCAGUUGUGAAGUAAAAGAAGC